AAGUCAAGUCGAGGCAAAGGUCAAGGUCGCUUUAGGUCAGUUGGAGGACGAAUAUAAGGGAGAAUACUUUCCAAUUGAGAAAAUGACGGAAGCAGAGGAAGUGAAUCUCAUUGAAAACCACUUGCUGUAUAACCACUCUAAUACAUCUUCACGCUCAGCGGGAGUUUAUCGUAAUUGGCCGAAAAAUCGAGGUAUUUUCAUGAACAAGACAAAAACAUUUUUAAUCUGGAUUAGCGAAACGGAUCACAUCCGUAUCAUAUCCAUGCAAGCAGGUGGCCGCAUUGACGAGGUGUACUGGAGACUUGUGAAAGGAGUUCGCCUGAUGGAAGAGCGCAUUCGUUUCGCACGCAACGAACGUCUCGGCUACCUAACAUUUUGCCCAACAAACCUCGGCACAACUUUGAGAGCAUCCGUUCAUAUCAAAAUACCAAAGCUUUCUGCCAAUAAGAACUUGUUAGAAACAGUAUGUGAGAAAUACAAUUUACAGGUGCGAGGAUACCAUGGUGAUGGGACAGGUAUAUUUGGUGACACGUAUGACAUAAGCAACAAGAGACGUAUGGGUGUUACGGAAAUCCAAGCUGUUGUAGAAAUGACAAAUGGGAUACAGGCAAUAAUAAAAGAAGAAGAAAAUUUGUCAUAUACAAUUAUUGACUAAUGUGCCAUUGAAUAUGAUGUGAUAUUCACCGGCAGAUGACAUAUUAACCCAGACAAAAGCCGAUGUCAUUAUGGCUUUCUGCCGGUGAAAUAAUUGUUUUAUUAUAUGAAAAAGGCAAAUAAAAACAAUCACAAAAACAACGCGAUUGCUGCGCAUACAAAAGCAUUAAUUUAUGUUUAAACUUAUCAUUGUGAUGUAACCUUUAACUUUUAUAUUUCAAUCGAGAAAUAUGCCAUACAGAACAAAACGCAAUUAUUUUUAGGUGCACUACAGUUCAUUAAAUAUGAGUCUCAAUAAAUUCUUAGACUGGGAAAAUAAAUUCAGCCAGUGAAUAUGAUACUACACCCAGUGAAUAAAAUUGGUUGAUUAUCGUUUGGACCAAUGAGAUUGCAGCUAUAUUAAGAUCAAAAUAAUAAUGCAAAUUAAAUGUUGACGUUUGACAACACAACGAACAUUUCUUCUUCUUCAAUCACAUUUAUUACCAUUGUUGUUGUUGUUGUUGUUAUUGAUAUAUUUAUUAUUACAUUUAUUAUUAUUAUUAUUAUUAUUAUUAUUUAAAGCAGAAAAAACUGAAUAAAUCUUUUUUUGAGUUUACAUGGAGUUUUACACAAAUAUAUCACUAUUUUGCUCAAAAAAUGUGUGUUUGUCCUUUUUGACAAGAAGAUACGAUACAGGUGCUCAGUUAUUGAAUGUUGAAUACAUGUAACAUAAAACUUUUUUGUUUUCAAUCAUCAAAGGAAAAAUGAAUCCAUUGCUACUUAAGCCAUUACAAUACAAUCUAAAUGCACGCCAUUCAACUUCAAACGAAAACUUACACCGUAUAUAAUGCAAUAAUAUAAGCGAAUAUUUAUCCGCUCCGGUUACAUGUGUUUGAUUUAUAAUAAUAGUGGUGCAUAUUGACUAUAUAAUCUAGCAAACAAUAGCUAGGCAGUCCUUAGAUAGACUAUAAAAAAAUCUUGUGUUGGAAUACUAGUACUGUUUUAUAUUUUUGUUUUAUUCUCUUUUUUUUUCUUGAACCUUGCAUAAAUAACUUCAAAGAAAUAUAACCUGACACGUUGAUACAAUAAAGCUGGGAGGAAAAUAUUUAUAUAAUAACAUUGUAACAUAAUAUCAUAACAUAAUAUUUAUAAAGCAUUAAAUGUUAUAACAUUCAUAGCCAUAUCAAAUUGCAUACAUGUAUUAUGCAAACUUAUAAAGGACAAAAUAUUUUAAGAAUAUUAUAGCCAAAAACUAUCAACAGUAGAGCCAUAUCAAUUUUAAAAAAAUAAAUGGAAAAAAACUUCAAACAAAAUUUAAAAUUAAAAAUGCCCCUGAAUUUUAAGAGUUAAAUGCUUUUUUUUUCUCUCCUUUUUUCAGUCUGGUAAACAAUAGAUUAACUAACGUUAAUUUUAUUGGUCUAAAAUUUCAACAUCCUUUUACCUCUACAGUUCAUUAUUUUAAAUCAAUGAAGAAAAGUUAUGUAUUCUUCUUGUAUAUGUUCAUCCUCACUUAUCGGCCCAUUAUGACUCAGAAAUGCUUUUAUUUGUAUUUAUCUAAAGCUUUUUUAUGU